ACUGCACCGCCCGCCCUGCCGGACCCGCCCCGACCGGGGCUCGCUGCCUGCAGCAGCCGCAGCACCGCGACCUGGAGCCCCGCGCGGGCUAUGGCAGUGCCCCGGGGCUGAGCGCGCAGGCCGGUGACCGAGAUUCCCGACGAGAGAGACUGAGAAGACAGGAAGGAGGGGCGGGCUCCUGGCAAGGCAUCCGCUCCAGAACUGAGUCCUGCAAAAGAUGGAGAAGGAGGAGGAAACGACCCGGGAGCUGCUGCUGCCCAACUGGCAGGGCAGCGGCUCCCACGGGCUCACCAUCGCCCAGAGGGACGACGGUGUCUUUGUGCAGGAGGUGAUGCAGAACUCCCCUGCGGCCCGCACUGGGGUGGUCAAGGAGGGGGACCAGAUUGUGGGUGCCACCAUCUACUUUGACAACCUGCAGUCAGGUGAGGUGACGCAGCUGCUGAACACCAUGGGGCACCACACCGUGGGCCUGAAGCUUCACCGCAAGGGGGACCGCUCCCCCGAGCCCGGCCAGACCUGGACCCAUGAAGUCUUCAGCUCGCACAGCUCCGAGGUGGUUCUGAGCGGGGAUGAUGAGGAGUACCAGCGCAUCUACACCACGAAGAUCAAGCCUCGGCUGAAGUCGGAGGAUGGAGUAGAAGGGGAUCCUGGGGAGACCCAGAGCCGCACCAUCACAGUGACUAGAAGGGUCACAGCCUACACUGUUGAUGUGACGGGCCGUGAAGGUGCCAAGGACAUCGAUAUCAGCAGCCCUGAGUUCAAGAUCAAGAUUCCACGGCAUGAACUGACUGAAAUCUCCACUGUGGAUGUGGACACCCACCCUGGCAAGACAGUGAUCAGACUGCCCUCGGGCUCAGGGGCAGCGUCUCCGACCGCAGGCUCUGUUGUGGACAUCCGAGCGGGUUCCAUUUCCGCUUCGGUCCCAGAGCUCCAAGGCGCUGGCCACUCGAAGCUCCAGGUCACCAUGCCUGGGAUAAAGGUGGGAAGCCCGGGCGUCAGUGUCAGUGCAAAGGGCUUGGACUUGGGUGGCAAAGGAGGGGUCCAAGUUCCAGGAGUGGACGUUUCGUCUUCUCUUGGGGGCGGGGCAGUAGAAGUGCAGGACCCAGCUCUUGAGAGUGGCAGUAACGGGAAGAUUAAAAUCCCCACGAUGAAGGUGCCAAAAUUCGGUGUCUCAACAGGGCCCAAGAGCCAGGCGCCAGUGGCAGGGUUGAAUGUUUCUGCCCCUGAAUUCUCUGCGGGGCACAAGGGCGGCAAGCCAGGCCUGACCAUCGGUGGGAACAUCCAGACCCCUCAGCUAGAAGUCUGCGCUCCUUCUGCCAAUGUUGAGGGGCUUGAGGGGAAGCUGAAAGGCCCCCAAAUCACUGGGCCAUCGCUUGAGACUGGUCUAGGCCUGAAAGGUGCCAAGCCACAGGGGAGCAUAGGGGUGGAUGUCUCUGUGCCCAAGAUGGAGGGCACUGUCACCAGCUCCAACGUGGAAGUUCAAGCCCCUGACGUUGAUAUUCAUGGGCCUGGUGGCAAACUGAACAUGCCCAAGAUGAAAGUUCCCAAAUUCUCUGUAUCAGGUUCUAAGGGAGAGGGAGCUGGCAUUGAUGUGACACUGCCCACAGGUGAUGUGACUCUUCCUGGGGUCUCUGGGAACGUCAGUCUGCCUGAAGUUGCAGCUGGGGGGCUGGAAGGGAAGGUGAAGGGUAUGAAAGUCAAGACUCCUGAAAUGAUUAUUCAGAAACCUAAAAUCUCCAUGCAGGAUGUGGAUCUGAGCCUUGGGUCUCCUAAACUGAAAGGAGAUAUUAAGGUUUCUGCCCCUGGGGUGCACGGUGAUGUUAAAGGCCCUCACGUGGCAAUGAAAGGCGCCAAAGUGGACAUAGAGACACCUAGCCUUGAGGGAACUUUGACAGGACCCAAGCUUAGUAGUCCUUCUGGGAAAACAGGCACCUACGGGAUCACUAUGGCAGAUGUAGACUUAAAUGUGGCUGCCCCUAAAGUGAAAGGGGGUGUGGAUGUUGUACUCCCAAAAGGAGAAGGGAAAGUCAAAGUCCCUCAAGUUGACAUCAAAGGACCCAAAGUGGAUGUUAGUGCCCCAGAUGUGGAAGUUCAUGGCCCAGAAUGGAACCUGAAAAUGCCCAAGUUCAGCACUUCAGGAGUUGGAGGGGAAGGCCCAGAUGUAGAUGUGAAACUACCCAAAGGAGACAUCAGUAUUUCAGGGCCCAAGGUCAACGUGGAGGCCCCGAAUGUCAACGUAGGAGGCCUGGGAGGCAAACUUAAAGGCCCUGAUAUCAAGCUGCCUGAAGUGAGUGUCAAGACACCAAAGAUCUCCAUGCCUGAUGUAGAUUUACAUGUUAAAGGCCCAAAGGUAAAAGGAGAAUAUGAUGUAACAGCCCCAAAGCUUGAAGGAGAACUGAAAGGCCCCAAAAUGGACAUUGAUGCCCCAGAUGUGGACAUUCACGGCCCAGACUGGCAUCUGAAGAUGCCCAGGAUGAAAAUGCCCAAGUUCAGUGUUCCAGGGCUCAAAGCAGAGGGCCCAGAAAUGGAUGUGAAUCUUCCCAAGGCAGAUGUGGAUGUUUCUGGGCACAAGGUAGAUGUUAGUGCUCCAGAUGUGAGCAUUGAGGGACCAGAAGGGAAAUUGAAGGGACCUAAGUUUAAGAUGCCUGAGAUGAAUAUCAAAGCCCCAAAGAUCUCCAUGCCAGAUGUGGACUUACAUUUGAAAGGCCCUAAGGUAAAAGGGGAAUAUGAUGUCACAGUGCCAAAAGCUGAAGGUGAGAUGAAAGUUCCUGAUGUUGAACUUAAAAGCGCCAAAGUGGAUAUUGAUGCUCCAGACGUUGAUGUUCGUGGCCCAGAUUGGCACCUGAAGAUGCCCAAGAUGAAAAUGCCCAAGUUCAGCAUGCCUGGCUUCAAAGCAGAGGGCCCAGAAGUGGAUGUGAACCUGCCCAAGACAGACAUGGACAUCUCAGGACCCACAGUGGAUGUUGAAGUUCCGGAUGUGAAUAUUGAAGGACCUGAAGGAAAGCUGAAGGGUCCCAAGUUUAAGAUGCCUGAAAUGAAUAUCAAGGCCCCAAAGAUCUCUAUGCCUGACGUGGAUUUGCAUAUGAAAGGUCCCAAGGUAAAAGGAGACUAUGAUGUUACAGUGCCAAAGCUGGAAGGGGAACUCAAAGGGCCAAAAGUAGACAUCAGUGCCCCUGAUGUUGAAGUUCACAGUCCUGAGUGGAAUCUAAAGAUGCCCAAGAUGAAAAUGCCCAAAUUUACCAUGCCCAGCCUCAAAGGGGAAGGCCCAGAAGUGGAUGUGAAUCUCCCAAAGGCUGAUGUGGACAUUUCUGCACCCAAGGUAGAUAUUAGUGCUCCAGAUUUGAGCCUUGAAGGACCAGAAGGGAAGCUGAAAGGUCCCAAGUUUAAGAUGCCAGAGAUGCACUUCAAAGCCCCUAAGAUGACUCUGCCUGAUGUCGACUUGGAUCUUAAAGGACCCAAAAUGAAAGGAUCUCUAGAUGUGUCUGCACCAAAAAUAGAAGGUGAAAUGAAAGUUCCAGAUGUGGACAUCAGAGGACCUAAGGUGGACAUUAAAGCACCAGAUGUGGAAGUCCAAGGUGCAGACUGGAGCCUGAAAAUGCCGAAAAUGAAAAUGCCCAAGUUCAGCAUACCCAGCCUCAAAGGGGAGGGCCCAGAAGUGGAUAUGAACCUGCCCAAAGCUGACAUUGACAUCUCUGGACCCACAGUUGACAUUGAAGCCCCGGAAGUGAGCCUUGAAGGUCCAGAAGGGAAGCUGAAGGGCCCCAAAUUUAAGAUGCCUGAGAUGCACUUCAAGACCCCCAAGAUCUCCAUGCCUGAUGUGGACUUACACUUGAAAGGCCCCAAAGUGAAAGGGGAUGUGGAUGUGUCUGUGCCCAAGAUAGAAGGUGAAAUGAAAGUGCCAGAUGUGGACAUCAAAGGCCCCAAAGUGGACGUGGAUGUCCCAGAUGUGGAUGUUCAUGGCCCAGAGUGGAACUUGAAGAUGCCCAAGGUGAAAAUGCCCAAAUUUAGUGUGCCUGGCUUCAAAGGAGAGGGCCCAGAAGUGGAUGUGAACCUGCCCAAGGCUGACAUUGAUAUCUCUGGACCCAAGGUGGACAUUGAAGCCCCUGAUGUGAGCCUUGAGGGUCCAGAAGGGAAGCUGAAGGGCCCCAAGUUUAAGAUGCCUGAGAUGCACUUCAAGGCUCCCAAGAUCUCCAUGCCUGAUGUGAACUUGAAUCUUAAGGGGCCAAAACUGAAGGGAGAUGUGGAUGUGUCUGUGCCUAAUGUAGAAGGUGAAAUAAAAAUGCCAGAUGUUGACAUUAAAGGGCCCAAAGUUGACAUUGAUGCUCCAGAUGUGGAUGUGCGUGGCCCAGACUGGCACCUGAAGAUGCCCAAGAUAAAAAUGCCCAAGAUCAGCAUGCCUGGCUUCAAAGGAGAGGGCCCAGAAGUGGAUGUGAACCUGCCCAAAGCUGACAUUGAUGUCUCAGGUCCCAAAGUGGAUAUUGAAGUUCCAGAUGUGAAUAUUGAAGGUCCAGAUGCAAAAGUGAAAGGUCUUAAAUUUAAGAUGCCAGAAAUGAAUAUAAAGCCUCAGAAGAUAUCCAUGCCAGACGUUGGUUUGCACUUAAAAGGUCCUAAAAUGAAAGGAGAUUAUGAUGUUCCAAAGGUAGAAGGAGAGAUAAAAGCUCCUGAUGUUGACAUCAAAGGGCCCAAAGUGGACAUUAAUGCACCGGAGGUGGGAGUUCAUGGCCCAGACUGGCACCUGAAGAUGCCCAAAGUGAAAAUGCCCAAGUUCAGCAUGCCAGGGUUCAAAGGCGAGGGCCCAGAAGUGGAUGUGAACCUGCCCAAGGCUGACGUAGAGAUCUCAGGACCCAAGGUGGACAUUGAUGCUCCAGAUGUGAAUAUUGAAGGUCCAGAGGGGAAACUAAAAGGUCCAAAGUUCAAGAUGCCAAGCAUGAGUAUACAGACACACAAAAUCUCUAUGCCUGAUGUUGGACUUAAUCUGAAAGCUCCUAAACUGAAAACUGAUGUAGAUGUUUCCCUUCCCAAAGUGGAAGGAGACUUGAAAGGUCCUGAAAUUGACAUGAAGGCCCCGAAGGUGGAUGUGGAUGUUGGUGAUAUUGAUAUUGAAGGUCCAGAAGGGAAGCUGAAGGGCCCUAAGUUUAAGAUGCCUGAGAUGCACUUCAAGGCUCCCAAGAUCUCCAUGCCUGAUGUGGACUUACACUUGAAAGGCCCCAAAGUGAAAGGGGAUGCAGAUGUGUCUGUGCCCAAGAUAGAAGGUGAAAUGAAAGUUCCAGAUGUUGACAUUAAAGGGCCCAAAGUUGACAUUGAUGCCCCAGAUGUGGAUGUUCAUGGCCCAGAGUGGCACCUGAAGAUGCCCAAGGUGAAAAUGCCCAAGUUCAGCAUGCCUGGCUUCAAGGGUGAGGGUCCAGAAGUGGAUGUGAACCUGCCCAAGGCUGACAUUAAUGUGUCUGGCCCCAAGGUGGACAUUGAUGCUCCUGAUUUGGAUAUUGAGGGGCCAGAAGGAAAAUUAAAGGGCUCUAAAUUUAAGAUGCCUAAGUUGAAUAUCAAAGCUCCUAAGAUAUCCAUGCCAGAUGUGGACUUGAAUUUGAAAGUACCCAAAGUGAAAGGAGAAAUGGAUGCUUCUGUGCCUGAACUAGAAGGUGAUCUCAGAGGUCCGCAAGUUGAUAUCAAAGGUCCUGGUGUAGAUGUGGAGAUGCCUGAUGUUGAUCUGGAAUGUCCUGAUGCAAAGUUGAAAGGUCCUAAGUUUAAGAUGCCUGAGAUGCACUUCAAGACCCCCAAGAUCUCCAUGCCUGAUGUGGACUUACACUUGAAAGGCCCCAAAGUGAAAGGGGAUGUGGAUGUGUCUGUGCCCAAGAUAGAAGGUGAAAUGAAAGUGCCAGAUGUGGACAUCAAAGGCCCCAGAGUGGACAUGGAUGUCCCAGAUGUGGAUGUUCAUGGCCCAGAGUGGAACUUGAAGAUGCCCAAGAUGAAAAUGCCCAAAUUUAGUGUGCCUGGCUUCAAAGGAGAGGGCCCAGAAGUGGAUGUGAACCUGCCCAAGGCUGACAUUGAUAUCUCUGGACCCAAGGUGGACAUUGAAGCCCCUGAUGUGAGCCUUGAGGGUCCAGAAGGGAAGCUGAAGGGCCCCAAGUUUAAGAUGCCUGAGAUGCACUUCAAGGCUCCCAAGAUCUCCAUGCCUGAUGUGAACUUGAAUCUUAAGGGGCCAAAACUGAAGGGAGAUGUGGAUGUAUCAGUGCCAAAAUUAGAAGGAGACUUGAAAGGCCCCAGUGUGGAUGUGGAGAUGCCUGAUGUUGAUCUAGAAUGUCCUGAUGCAAAAUUGAAAGGUCCUAAGUUUAAGAUGCCUGAGAUGCACUUCAAGACCCCCAAGAUCUCCAUGCCUGAUGUGGACUUACACUUGAAAAGCCCCAAAGUGAAAGGGGAUGUGGAUGUGUCUGUGCCCAAGAUAGAAGGUGAAAUGAAAGUGCCAGAUGUUGACAUUAAAGGACCCAAAGUUGACAUUGAUGCCCCAGAUGUGGAUGUUCAUGGCCCAGAGUGGCACCUGAAGAUGCCCAAGAUGAAAAUGCCCAAGUUCAGCAUGCCUGGCUUCAAAGGCGAGGGCCCAGAAGUGGAUGUGAACAUGCCUAAGGCUGACAUUGAUAUCUCUGGACCGAAGGUGGACAUUGAAACUCCAGAUAUGAACAUUGAGGGUCCAGAAGGCAAACUGAAAGGCCCGAAGUUCAAGAUGCCUGAAAUGCACUUUCAUGCCCCUAAGAUCUCCAUGCCUGAUGUUGAUUUCAACUUAAAAGGGUCUAAAAUCAAAGGAGACUUUGAUGUUUCUGCCCCAAAGCUGGAGGGAGAGUUAAAGGGUCCAGAAUUGGAUGUCAAAGGCCCCAAAUUGGAUGUUGACAUGCCAGAUGUGGCUGUGGAAGGUCCAGAUGGAAAGUGGAAAAGUCCUAAAUUUAAGAUGCCAGACAUGCACUUUAAAGCUCCCAAAAUCACCAUGCCAGACAUUGAUUUGCACUUAAAAAGUCCCAAGAUAAAGGGAGAGGUGGAGGUUGAUGUUCCUAAAUUGGAAGGUGACCUCAAAGGGCCAGAUCUCAAAGGUGGUAUCAGUGGGCCAGAUACUGACAUUGAAGGACCAGAGGGCAAAUUGAAAGGUCCCAAGUUCAAGAUGCCUGACAUGCAUUUCAAAGCUCCAAAUAUUUCUAUGCCUGAUGUGGACCUAAAUUUGAAAGGACACAAAAUCAAGGGGGAUGUUGAUGUGUCUGUGCCUGAAGUAGAAGGUAAAAUUAAAGUACCAGAUGUGAACGUCAAGGGCCCCAAAGUAGACAUAAAUGCUCCUGAUGUUCACGGCCCAGACUGGCACCUGAAGAUGCCCAAAAUGAAAAUGCCCAAGUUCAGCAUGCCUGGUUUCAAAGCAGAGGGCCCAGAAGUAGAUGUGAAUCUUCCAAAGGCUGACAUUGAUGUCUCAGGACCCAAAGUUGACAUUGAAGUCCCAGAUAUGAGCAUUGAGAGUCCGGAGGGAAAGAUCAAGGGGCCUAAAUUUAAAAUGCCAGAAAUGAACAUCAAAGCUCCCAAGAUCUCCAUGCCAGAUGUAGAUUUACACUUGAAAGGUCCUAAGGUCAAAGGAGAUGUGGACAUUUCCCUACCUAAGGUGGAAGGUGACCUAAAGGGCCCCAAAGUGGACAUUGAUGCCCCAGAUGUGGAUGUUCAAGGCCCAGACUGGCACCUCAAGAUGCCUAAGAUGAAAAUGCCCAAGUUCAGCAUGCCAGGCUUCAAAGGAGAGGGCCCCGAUGUGGAUGUGAACCUGCCCAAAGCCGACAUUGAUGUCUCAGCACCCAAGGUGGACAUCGAAGGCCCUGAUGUUAACAUCGAGGGACCCGAGGGAAAGUUGAAAGGUCCCAGGUUCAAGAUGCCUGAAAUGAACAUCAAAGCCCCCAAGAUCUCCAUGCCUGACUUUGAUUUGCAUCUGAAAGGUCCUAAGGUCAAAGGAGAUGUGGACGUUUCCCUACCCAAGGUGGAAGGUGACCUCAAAGGCCCUGAAGUUGACAUCAAAAGCCCCAAGGUGGACAUUGAUGUCCCAGAUGUGGAUGUGCAUGGCCCAGACUGGCACCUGAAGAUGCCCAAGAUAAAAAUGCCCAAGAUCAGCAUGCCAGGCUUCAAAGGAGAGGGCCCUGAUGUGGAUGUGAACCUGCCCAAGGCUGACAUUGAUGUCUCAGGACCCAAAGUGGACAUUGAUGUUCCAGAUGUCAAUAUCGAAGGUCCAGAUGCGAAACUGAAGGGCCCCAAGUUCAAGAUGCCAGAGAUGAACAUCAAAGCUCCCAAGAUCUCCAUGCCUGACUUUGAUUUGCACCUGAAAGGUCCUAAGGUCAAAGGAGAUGUGGAUGUAUCUCUGCCUAAGGUGGAAGGUGACCUCAAGGGGCCUGAAGUUGACAUCAAGGGCCCCAAAGUGGACAUUGACGUCCCAGAUGUGGAUGUGCAUGGCCCAGACUGGCACCUGAAGAUGCCCAAGGUGAAAAUGCCCAAGUUCAGCAUGCCUGGCUUCAAAGGAGAGGGCCCAGAUGUGGAUGUGAACCUGCCCAAGGCUGACAUUGAUGUGUCAGCACCCAAGGUGGACAUUGAAGCCCCAGAUGUCAAUAUUGAAGGUCCAGAUGCGAAACUGAAGGGCCCCAAGUUCAAGAUGCCAGAGAUGAACAUCAAAGCUCCCAAAAUCUCCAUGCCUGACCUUGACUUUAACCUGAAGGGCCCCAAAAUGAAGGGUGAUGUGGAUGUUUCUCUGCCCAAAGUGGAAUGUGACCUCAAGGACCCUGAAGUUGACAUAAAGGGCCCCAAGUUGGACAUAGACACCCCUGAUAUCAACAUUGAAGGCCCAGAAGGAAAAUUGAAGGGACCCAAGUUUAAGAUGCCAGAGAUGCAUAUUAAAGCCCCCAAGAUUUCCAUGCCUGACUUUGACUUAAGUUUGAAAGGGCCAAAGGUAAAGGGGGAUGUGGAUCUUUCAUUACCUAAGGUGGAAGGUGAUCUAAAAGGGCCAGAGGUGGACAUUGAAGGGCCUGAAGGGAAACUCAAAGGUCCCAAGUUUAAGAUGCCUGAUGUCCAUUUCAAAACUCCACAAAUCUCCAUGAGUGACAUUGAUUUGAACUUGAAAGGACCAAAAAUAAAGGGAGAUUUGGACAUUUCCAUUCCUAAACUGGAAGGAGAUCUAAAAGGCCCCAAAGUGGAUGUUAAAGGCCCUAAUCUGGACAUAGACACCCCUGAUGUUGACAUUCAUGGCCCAGAAGGGAAACUGAAGGGCCCCAAGUUCAAGAUGCCUGACCUGCACCUCAAGGCACCCAAGAUCUCUAUGCCUGAAGUGGACCUGAACCUGAAGGGUCCCAAGGUAAAGGGUGAUGUGGAUAUGUCUCUGCCUAAAGUGGAAGGUGACCUCAAGGGGCCUGAAGUUGACAUCAAGGGCCCCAAAGUGGACAUUGACGUCCCUGAUGUGGAUGUGCAUGGUCCAGACUGGCACCUGAAGAUGCCCAAGGUGAAAAUGCCCAAGUUCAGCAUGCCAGGCUUCAAAGGAGAGGGCCCAGAAGUGGAUGUGAACCUGCCCAAGGCUGACAUUGAUGUGUCAGGACCCAAGGUGGACAUCGAAGGUCCUGAUGUUAACAUCGAGGGACCCGAGGGAAAGUUGAAGGGUCCUAAGUUCAAGAUGCCUGAGAUGAACAUCAAAGCCCCCAAGAUCUCCAUGCCUGACUUUGAUUUGCAUCUGAAAGGUCCUAAGGUCAAAGGAGAUGUGGACGUUUCCCUGCCCAAGGUGGAAGGUGACCUCAAAGGCCCUGAAGUUGACAUCAAAGGGCCCAAGGUGGACGUUGAUGUCCCAGAUGUGGAUGUGCAUGGCCCAGACUGGCACCUGAAGAUGCCCAAGAUAAAAAUGCCCAAGAUCAGCAUGCCAGGUUUCAAAGGAGAGGGCCCAGAUGUGGAUGUGAACCUGCCCAAGGCUGACAUUGAUGUGUCAGCACCCAAGGUGGACAUUGAAGGCCCUGAUAUUAACAUUGAAGGACCAGAGGGAAAGUUGAAAGGUCCUAAGUUCAAGAUGCCAGAGAUGAACAUCAAAGCUCCCAAGAUCUCCAUGCCUGACAUUGAUCUUAACCUGAAGGGCCCUAAAGGGAAGGGUGAUGUGGAUGUGUCUUUACCAAAAGUGGAAGGUGAGAUUAAAGUUCCUGAAGUAGAUAUUAAAGGCCCCAAAGCAGACAUUGAUGUCGCAGAUGUGGAUGUUCACGGCCCAGACUGGCACCUGAAGAUGCCCAAGGUGAAAAUGCCCAAGUUCAGCAUGCCAGGCUUCAAAGGAGAGGGCCCCAAUGUGGAUGUGAACUUGCCCAAGGCUGACAUUGAUGUGUCAGGACCCAAGGUGGACGUUGAUGUUCCAGAUGUCAAUAUUGAAGGUCCAGAUGCGAAACUGAAGGGCCCCAAGUUCAAGAUGCCAGAGAUGAAUAUCAAAGCUCCCAAGAUCUCCAUGCCUGAUUUGGACCUUAAUCUCAAAGGCCCUAAAAUGAAAGGAGAGGUGGAUGUUUCCCUUCCAAAAGUAGAAGGUGAUUUAAAAGGACCUACUCUUGACAUCAAGGGCCCAAAGAUAGAUGUGGAUGCGCCAGAUCUUGACAUCCAUGGACCUGAAGGCAAAUUAAAAGGUCCAAAACUGAAGAUGCCAGACAUGCAUGUAAACAUGCCCAAGAUCUCCAUGCCUGAAAUUGACCUGAAUUUGAAAGGCCCAAAGCUUAAGGGAGAUGUUGAUGUUUCUGGGCCCAAAUUAGAAGGUGACAUUAAAGCUCCCAAGUUGGAUGUAAAGGGUCCAGAAGUGGACAUUUCCGGUCCUAAGCUCAAUCUUGAAGGCAAGUCAAAGAAAUCACGUUUUAAGCUUCCUAAGUUUAAUUUUUCGGGCUCCAAAGUUCAGACACCUGAUGUGGAUGUCAAAGUUAAAAAGCCGGAUAUUGAUGUGACAGGUCCAAAAGUUGAUAUUAAUGCCCCCGAUGUUGAGGUCCAAGGAAAAGUGAAAGGAUCCAAGUUCAAAAUGCCUUUCCUGAGUAUUUCAUCUCCUAAAGUUUCUAUGCCUGAUGUGGAAUUAAAUCUCAAAGGCCCUAAAGUCAAAGGAGACUUGGAUGUUACAGCUCCUAAUUUAGAAAGUGACUUAAAAGGACCCAAAGUGGAUAUUAAGGCACCAGAAGUUCAUCUUGAUGCACCUGAUGCGGAUGUUCAUGGUCCAGAUUGGAAUUUGAAAAUGCCCAAAAUGAAAAUGCCCAAGUUUGGUGUGCCUGGCUUAAAAGCUGAAGGACCAGAAAUGGCUGUGGAUCUGCCAAAAGGAGAUAUUAAUAUAGAGGGUCCCAGAAUGGACAUUGAGGGCCCAGAAAUCAAUGUGGAAGGUGUAGAAGGAGGCUUAAAAGGUCCCAAACUCAAGAUGCCUGACAUGAAUAUCAAAACUCCCAAGAUCUCCAUGCCUGACAUUGAUUUAAACUUGAAGGGCCCCAGGAUGAAAGGUGAUGUUGAUGUUUCUCUGCCCAAAGUUGAAGGGGAUCUGAAAGGGCCAGAGAUUGAUAUCAAAGGCCCUAAAGUGGACAUUGAUGUUCCUGAUGUGGAUGUGCAUGGCCCAGACUGGCACCUGAAAAUGCCCAAGGUGAAAAUGCCCAAGUUCAGCAUGCCAGGCUUCAAAGGUGAGGGCCCAGAUGUUGAUGUUACUCUCCCUCAGGCUGACAUUGAUAUUUCUGGCCCCAAAGUGGACAUUGAUGCCCCAGAUGUGAAUAUUGAAGGUCCAGAUGCAAAACUGAAGGGCCCCAAGUUCAAGAUGCCAGAGAUGAACAUCAAAGCUCCCAAAAUUUCCAUGCCUGACUUUGAUCUGAACUUAAAGGGCCCCAAAAUGAAAGGUGAUGUGGAUGUGUCUUUGCCAAAAGUAGAAGGUGACUUAAAGGGACCUGAGGUGGACAUCAAGGGUCCCAAAUUGGACAUUGACACUCCUGAUAUUAACAUUGAAGGCUCAGAGGGGAAAUUGAAGGGGCCCAAAUUAAAGAUGCCAGAGAUGCACCUAAAGACUCCAAAGAUUUCCAUGCCCGAUAUUGACUUAAACCUGAAGGGCCCCAAGGUGAAGGGUGAUGUGGAUGUUUCCCUUCCCAAGUUUGAAGGCGAUCUGAAAGGCCCUGAAGUGGACCUCAAAGGUCCCAAGCUGGACAUUGAUGCCCCAGAUGUGGAUGUGCAUGGCCCAGACUGGCACCUGAAGAUGCCCAAGAUAAAAAUGCCCAAGAUCAGCAUGCCAGGCUUCAAAGGAGAGGGCCCCGAUGUGGAUGUGAACCUGCCCAAAGCCGACAUUGAUGUCUCAGCACCCAAGGUGGACAUCGAAGGUCCUGAUGUUAACAUCGAGGGACCCGAGGGAAAGUUGAAGGGUCCUAAGUUCAAGAUGCCUGAGAUGAACAUCAAAGCCCCCAAGAUCUCCAUGCCUGACUUUGAUUUGCAUCUGAAAGGUCCUAAGGUCAAAGGAGAUGUGGACGUUUCCCUGCCCAAGGUGGAAGGUGACCUCAAAGGCCCUGAAGUUGACAUCAAGGGCCCCAAAGUGGACAUUGACGUCCCAGAUGUGGAUGUGCAUGGCCCAGACUGGCACCUGAAGAUGCCCAAGGUGAAAAUGCCCAAGUUCAGCAUGCCUGGCUUCAAAGGAGAGGGCCCAGAUGUGGAUGUGAACCUGCCCAAGGCUGACAUUGAUGUGUCAGCACCCAAGGUGGACGUUGAUGUUCCAGAUGUCAAUAUCGAAGGUCCAGAUGUGAAACUGAAGGGCCCCAAGUUCAAGAUGCCAGAGAUAAAUAUCAAAGCUCCCAAGAUCUCCAUGCCUGAUGUUGACUUGGAUUUGAAAGGAUCCAAAGUCAAAGGAGAUUUUGAUGUGUCUGUCCCUAAGAUUGAAGGUACUUUCAAAGGCCCAGAAGUAGACCUUAAAGGUCCAGGUCUGGAUAUCGAAGGCCCUGAUGUCAAGCUGAGUGGCCCAAAUUUGAAGAUGCCAUCGCUUGAUAUUUCUGCCCCUAAAGUAACUGUACCUGAUGUUGAUUUGCAUCUCAAGACACCCAAAAUUGGGGUUUCUGGUCCCAAGUUAGAAGGUGGUGAACUGGACCUCAAAGGGCCCAAAGUUGAUUUAGAAGCUCCAAGCUUAGAUGUACACAUGGAGAGCCCAGAUAUUAAUGUUGAGGGCCCAGAUAUUAAAAUACCCAAAUUUAAGAAACCCAAGUUUGGAUUUGGGGCAAAAAGCCCCAAAGCGGACGUCAAAUCACCUUCCUUGGAUGUGACUGUUCCUGAGGCAGAAGUGAAUGUUGAGAUUCCUGACAUCAGUGUUGGUGGCAAGGGCAAGAAAAGUAAGUUUAAGAUGCCUAAAAUUCACAUGAGUGGUCCUAAAAUGAAGGCCAAAAAACAGGGGUUUGAUUUGAAUGUUCCUGGGGGCGAAGUUGAUGCCAGUCUCAAGACUCCUGAUAUAGACAUCAAUGUGGCAGGACCAGAUGUGAAAUCCCCCAAAACCAAGAAACCUAUGUUUGGAAAGAUGUACUUUCCAGAUGUAGAAUUUGACAUUAAAUCACCUAAAUUUAAAGCGGAGGCCCCCCUCCCUAGCCCCAAAAUAGAGGGUGAAAUCCAGGCACCCAAUCUGGAUAUUUCUUCAGGGAUUAAUGUGGAAGGUCCUGACUUCAAGCUGAAGGCUCCCAAGUUGAAGGUGCCGGGUAUGGAUGUUUCAGGCCCCAAAAUAGAGGGUGACUUGAAAGGCCCCAGGGUGCAGGCAAAGCUGGAUGCACCGGACAUCAAUCUUGAAGGCCCAGAUGCUAAAGUCAAAGCACCAUCGUUCGGCAUUUCUGCCCCUCAGGUCUCCAUCCCCGAUGUGAACGUUAACUUGAAAGGACCAAAGAUAAAGGGUGAUGUCCCCAGUAUGGGACUGGAAGGACCAGACAUAGAUCUGCAAGGUCCAGAAUCGAAAAUCAAGUUUCCCAAGUUUUCAAUGCCCAAGAUCGGCGUCCCUGGUGUGAAUGUGGAAGGUGGAGGAGCUGAGGUCCAUGCCAAGCUGCCCUCUCUUGAAGGAGGCUUGAGUGCACCUGAUGUGAAUCUUGAAGGACCUGAUGUGUCUCUGAAGGGGCCAAAAGUAGACUUGCCUUCAGUGAACCUCUCUAUGCCAAAGGUCUCUGGACCUGACCUUGACCUGAAUUUGAAAGGACCAAGUUUGAAGGGAGACCUGGAUGCCUCUUUUCCCAGCAUGAAGGUACAAGCCCCAGGGCUUGACCUCCGAGGGGUUGGUGGAAAGGUGAAGAUGGAAGGAGAUGGUGUGAAAGUGCCGGGGAUGGAUGCCACAGCGCUAAACCUUGGCGCGCCAGACGUGACCCUGAAGGGACCAAGCCUGCAGGGAGACUUGGCUGUCUCUGGUGACAUCAAAUGCCCUAAGAUAUCAGUAGGAGCCCCUGAUCUCAGUUUGGAGGCACCUGAAGGUGGCAUUAAACUUCCCCAAAUGAAAUUGCCCCAGUUUGGCAUCUCCACUCCUGGGUCCGACUUGGACAUCAACGUCAAGGGGCCCCAAGUGACCGGAGAACUGAAGGGGCCAGGUGUGGAUGUGAACCUCGGAGGCCUGAACCUGAAGGGGCCUCAGAUCUCUGGCCCUCAAAUCUCAGCACCAGACAUGGACUUGAACUUGGAAGGACCAAAAAUAAAAGGGAGCCUCGGGGCCACUGGGGAGCUGAAAGGAGGUCUUCCAGGCAUCAGUGUGCAGGAUCUAGAAGGAAACCUCCAGAUGCCUGGGGUUAAGUCCUCUGGAUGUGACGUGGAGCUGCCCGGUGUGAACGUGAAACUGCCAGCCGGGCAGAUUUCUGGUCCUGAAGUCAAAGGCGAUCUGAAAGGUUCAGGAAUAGGUUUCCAUGGGGCCGCUCCUGACAUUAGCGUGAAGGGGCCUUCCUUCAGUGUGGCAUCUCCUGAGUCAGAUUUCGGUGUCAGCUUGAAAGGCCCCAAAAUCAAAGGAGGUGUGGAUGCUUCAGGGGGUGUCAGCUCCCCUGCUGUCAGCGUGGGUGAAGGGCAUAUGAGUGUCAAAGGUUCUGGGGGUGAGUGGAAAGGACCCCAGGCCUCCUCCACUUUCAACGUAGAUGUGCCCAAGCUUGCCGGGGGCCUUCAUUUCUCAGGACCAAAGGUAGAAGGACUCCAGGGUCCUGGGCUGAGUGUGUCUGCGUCUCCAGGUCACUUGGAAAGCAGAUCCGGAAAAGUAACAUUCCCCAAAAUGAAGAUCCCCAAAUUCACCUUCUCUGGCCGGGAGCUGGUUGGCAGAGAAGUGGGGGUGGAUAUUAACUUCCCCAAAGUGGAGGUCACUGGCCAGGCUGCUGCCGGAGAGGGCGAGUGGGAAGAGUCUGACGUAAAACUUAAAAAGUCCAAAAUCAAAAUGCCCAAGUUCAAUUUUUCCAAACCAAAAGGGAAAGGUGGUGUCACUGGCUCACCAGAAGCAUCCAUCUCAGGGUCCAAAGGCGACCUGAAGAGCUCCAAGGCCAGCCUCGGCUCUCUGGAAGGAGAAGCGGAGGCCGAAACAUCGUCGCCCAAAGGCAAAUUCUCUUUAUUUAAAAGCAAGAAGCCGCGGCACCGCUCCAAUUCCUUCAGUGACGAGAGGGAGCUGUCGGCGCCUUCCACCCCGACGGGGACUUUGGAGUUCGAAGGUGGGGAAGUGUCACUGGAAGGCGGGAAAGUCAAAGGGAAACACGGAAAGCUGAAAUUUGGUACCUUCGGUGGAUUGGGCUCAAAGAGCAAAGGUCAUUACGAGGUGACUGGGAGCGAUGACGAGGCAGGCAAGUUACAGGGCAGUGGCGUGUCCUUGGCCUCUAAGAAGUCCCGACUGUCCUCUUCUUCUAGCAAUGACAGUGGGAAUAAGGUUGGCAUCCAGCUUCCCGAGGUGGAACUCGUGGUUUCCAAGAAAGAGUAGCAGGUCUCUGUGUGGGUGUACAUAUAUGUAUAGAAAUCCAUCAGCCUUGGGUGUGUUUGUAUAUAAACUCCAAAGAGAAACACGCCGGCAGACAGCCUCAGCAAAAUGCAAAGUUCUGGCCUGGGCCAGGAGCAAGCGCUGAAAAGCCAACCGCCUUUAAGCUCACGGCAGGCGCUUUCCGGACAGGUGCAGAGUUCCAAGUUCGUCCAGCCCGUGUGCAGAGUCAACAGUAUUUGCCGUAAGAUUUCAGGUUCUUUUUUUUCUUUUUUGCAUCGAACGCUGAGAGCUCCUGUUUACUAAGCAAGCUUUUGUGUUUAUUAUCCUCAUUUUUACUGAACAUUGUUAGUGUUGGGGUAAUGGAAAGCCACUUUUUCAUGGUAAUGACUUUUGGGGCUUUUGUUAGCAAGGGCGGGGUGGGGUGGAAGGCAGUAGGGAGGGUCAGACCCCGUUUCUCCUAAGAGUGGGUCGAUUCAAACAGCAGACACCCAGCGAGGGCCGAGAGGAGCCAGCGGGCAGGGCGUGUGGGUGUUUUUAGAUUUCUGUAGCAUUGCUUUUUUUCCCCCAUGGGUGGCGGUCCCAGUCAGGUUGGUGCUCGCGGGUGAGCAGGAAGUAGAAUCUGUUUGCAGAUUGGCCAACCCACCGGCUCCACUCGAGGGGCUCCCCAUUCUGUGGAUUGUAAGAGAGAGGUUUUCUUCAUGACCGCCACAUUCCUGAAACGAGUUCUGAUUUCUUUUAAUAAAUGUUAUUGUGAUUAAGAAGAUUUUCCCGCACUUUAAUGGCAAAUUAAUGGAGAAUGUAAGGAAAUCGAUGCUGUCGAAGGCAAAUAAAGCUGUUUAUUAACCCCGA